AUGUCAUUAAUUUGUAAAAAUAUUUAUGAAUGUCGUCAGCAAAUAGUAUAUCAACCAUACCUUUGGUCUAAUGAUCCUGAUAUUCUUGAAUGUGGUAAAUGUGAUAAUUGUAAAAAGCAUGAAGCUGAUGGAGCCGUUAUAUAUGUAUUUUGUGGUGCUAAAAAUGCUAAUGUGCGUGAUAAAGAUCUUACAAGCAUAAAGAAUAUGGAUAUAAUAAAAAUAAUUGAACUCAAAUCUUGGAAAGAAGGUUUUUCAAAUUUAGUGGAUUCACAUUAUAUUAUUAUAUUGUUGGAACUAUGGACAUUGCUAUAG